UUAUCAAUCACGUCAAAAUCGGUGACUAUUUGAGUAUGAAGCAUUUACGGGGUCAGGUAUGAUCCGAAACGAAGAACCAUAGAUUCAGGAUUCGGUUAUGGCCAUGGAUUUGUACAAGAAUCCCACGAAGCUCGAAUACUACGAUGACAUGUGGAGCCUCCAGUGCACUGCCACAUUAUUAUCUCACUUCAAGGGCGAUGAUGGUAGACAUGUUUUGAUCUUGGACCGUACGAUAUUCCAUCCGCAAGGAGGUGGUCAACCCGCGGAUACUGGCUUUGUACUCAUUCAUGGCUUAGAAAACAAAUUUCUGGUAUCUGAUGUUCGAUCCAAAGAUGGAAUUGUUUUUCACUAUGGGCUCUUUGAGAAUUUGGGAGGGGAAUUUGAGCCUACACACGAGAAAGGGAAUGAGGUUUCACUGUUUGUUGACGAGCAGAGGCGAAAACUGAACUCCAGAUUGCAUUCAGCGGGACAUUUGCUUGAUAUUUGUCUGCAAAGAAUAGGAUUGGGUCAUUUAGAGCCUGGCAAAGCCUACCAUUUUUCUGAUGGGCCUUGGGUUGAAUAUAAGGGUACAGUUCCACAAAAGGAAUUGCAGAGUAAGCAAAAGGAUCUAGAGCUGGAGGCCAAUGCAUUAAUUUCCUCGGGAGAAAGAAUUUCUGUUGAUGUAUUACCAUACGAUGAAGCUGCUAAGAUUUGCGGAGGGAGUCUUCCUGAUUAUAUUUCUAAGGAAAGCACACCUCGCAUUGUGAGGAUAGGAGAUAAUCCUGGCUGCCCAUGUGGUGGUACUCAUGUUGCUGACAUUUCAGACAUCGUACAAAUUAAGGUCUCGCAAAUUCGCUCGAAGAAGGGGCAAACAAAAGUCUCUUACAAAGUGGAAUCCUAGUUAUAUGCGGUUGAGUCUGCUGCUGUGAAACUGCUAUUUUAGCUCCGUACUUUUCUGACUACUCUCUGAUAAGCAUCGCCGAAAACUAGCUGAUUGUAGUUUCUAUUUAGGUCCUCAAUAAAUAAACUUCUUUUGUAAACAUUUACAAAAGAAAACAAGAUUGUAAAAGAAACAAAGAUUUUAUUCAAGUUAAAAUCAUCUCAUGUAUUAUGUAACUGAGAAAAAAUGUCAUUGUAUCUUAGUUUACUCCUACUCACAUGACACACCAUUAUCCGCUUCGACAUGCCAUAUUCUCUUCAA